CCGCCUCUGUUACUGGGGGGUCUCGCCUCCAUCGCUGGCUGCGAGAACGCUGAGGGCACGUGACCGGAUGUACAAAGGCGGGCGCACCGGGCACGGGACCCCAGAGCGCGGCCGCCAUGACACCUUCCGCUAGCUCCCUCCCUCCUCACCAGUUCCCGCCUGUUUCGUUUCUUCUCUCUGGCCUCCAGCGGUGGAGAGUCCCGGGAUCCUGGAAGGCCCACCCGUUAGGCCUAAAACUUCUCCGAUCCCUGUCGGCGUCGUGUCUUCGGCCAGCAGCACCACGCCAACUGCAGGCCGUAGAGAGCGUAAUUGCGACGGCGGCCGGAGGGGGAGGGACCACGCACGAGGAGGAGCAUAAGCUGUCACGUGACAAGGAAGUGCCGUUAACAACGUCCCUGCGUCCCCGGCGCCCCUGGAUGACGUUUUAUUCAGGCAAGGAAUAUUAUACCUGUCAUUCACCAAGUUUCAACUUUUUGACUCAAUGACUUUUGUGCCAGUGAUACCAGAGUCCUACAGCCAUGUUCUCGCAGAGUUCGAGUCUCUGGAUCCAUUGCUCUCAGCCCUGCGGCUGGACUCCAGUCGUCUGAAGUGCACCAGCAUAUCCGUUUCUCGAAAGUGGUUGGCUCUGGGCAGUUCAGGAGGAGGACUCAAUCUCAUUCAGAAAGACGGCUGGAAGCACAGGCUUUUCCUUUCACACAGGGAAGGCGCGAUUUCUCAGGCUGCCUGCUGUUUGCAUGAUGAUGAUUACAUUGCAGUAGCUACCAGUCAAGGUCUUGUAGUUGUUUGGGAAUUAAAUCAAGGGGAAAGUUUCUGCCAUCAAACUCAACACUUCUAAACAAGCUAAGGCAGCGGCUGCCUUCGUGAUGUUUCCUGUCCAGACAAUAACAACAGUUGACUCCUGCGUUGUCCAGUUAGAUUACCUGGAUGGAAGACUGCUUGUAUCCUCACUUACUCGGUCCUUCUUGUGUGACACUGAGAGAGAAAAGUUUUGGAAAAUUGGGAAUAAGGAAAGAGAUGGAGAAUAUGGAGCUUGUUUCUUCCCUGGAAGAUGCUCUGGGGGCCAGCAACCUCUGAUAUAUUGUGCUCGCCCCGGCUCUAGGAUGUGGGAAGUGAACUUUGAUGGGGAAGUUCUAAGUACACAUCAAUUUAAGAAACUCCUCUCCUUGCCGCCUCUCCCUGUGAUUUCUCUAAGAUCAGAGCCUCAGUAUGAUCAUACAGUUGGAGCCUCCCAGUCUUUGUCUUUCCCCAAACUCUUGCAUCUUAGUGAGCAUUGUGUGUUGACUUGGACAGAAAGAGGAAUUUAUAUUUUCAUUCCUCAGAAUGUUCAAGUUCUUCUUUGGAGUGAAGUCAAAGAUAUUCUGGACGUGGCUGUCUACAAGAACGAACUGUUCUGUUUGCACCUGGAUGGGAAAGUCUCGCAUCUGUCCCUGUUGUCUGUGGAGCGCUGUGUGGAACGCCUGCUCAGGAGAGGCCUGUGGAACUUGGCUGCUCACACAUGCUGUCUUUUCCAAAACUCCGUCAUUGCCAGCAGAGCAAGGAAAACUUUGACUGUGGAUAAAUUGGAGCAUCUGAAAUCACAGCUGGACUUUGAAACUUGUAGUGAUCUAAUUUCCCAACUGGAAGAACUGAUCUUAAAAUUUGAACCUUUGGAUUCAGCUUGCAGCAGUAGAAGAAGCUCCAUUUCCUCACAUGAAAGUUUCAGCAUCUUGGACUCUGGUAUUUAUCGCAUCAUUAGUAGUAGAAGAGGCAGUCAGUCAGAUGAAGACUCCUGCUCCCUUCACAGCCAGACCUUCUCAGAAGACGAGCGACUUAAAGAAUUCCCCUCACACCAGGAAGAGGACCAGCCGGAUCAGUGUUGUGGCCCACAUGGGAACGAAGAGAAUACUCCUCACAUUCCGGUGACGUUUGAGACAGAUAAGAGUGAGACCUUCCUCCCCUUCGGCCUUCCAUUACCAUUCCGUUCUCCAUCUCCUCUUAUGUCACUUCAGGCCGUCAAAGAAAGUGUUUCUAGCUUUGUGCGAAAAACUACCGAGAAGAUUGGCACGCUUCAUACAAGCCCUGAUCUGAAAGUGAGACCAGAACCUGGAGGUGAUGAGCAAGCUUGUGAAGAGGAUGCGAGUUCAGUUAUCUGCCCCAAAGAGGAAGACACUGAGGAAAAAAAUGAGGAAACCAGUCAACCUGCAGAAGAAGACAGGUUCCAGGAGCUCAGAGUAGCUACAGCAGAGGCAAUGGCCAAGCUGGAGGACCCUCUGGUUUUAUUUGAACCGAAGUCAUUGAGAAUGGUUUUACAACAGUGGCUUGCACAGUUAGAAAAAGAAUUUGCCAUGAAGGACUUUUCGAGCAUUUCAGAUACUGGGAACUCAUCCAUGAAGUUGAGCCAGGAUGCGCAAUUGUUUGAUGAGUCGAAAAAGGGAAUGUUAGAUGAAGAAAAUGAAAAAGGAUACUCCUUAGGCAAUGAAGAAACUGUUGAUCAAGUAUGUAGUCCUUCAAGUAGUCAGACAGAGCCCUCGGAUGGCCAUUUUCAAGUAUGUUCUCCGUGUACCAUAGCAAACAGCCUUCAGAAGGACCUGGCCGAAUUGACAGCGUUGUGUUUGGAAUUGAGAGUAUUGAAUUCCAAGACUGAUAGCUCAAGUGGACAUGUGGACCACAUUUCACUGCAGUGCUCUCCCGAAAUUCUGGCAUGUCAGUUCCUAAAGAAGUACUUUUUUCUCCUGGACUUGAAAAGAGCAAAAGAGAGUAUCAAAUUUAGUUACGCCAACAGCCCUUGUAUAUGGGACACUUUCAUCCAAGGACUGCAAGAAAUGGCAAGUUCCAAUCCUACAUACCUGGAGAUGGAAGAAGGAGACCUACCAACAAGAUUAAAGUUAUUAGACGACUCGGUUCCUUUCGAUAGUCCGUUAUUGAUUGCUUAUGCUUCUAGGUUAUAUGACAAAUUUGGAGAAUCAGCCCUUCGAUCCUUGAUCAAGUUUUACCCUUCUAUUUUGCCCUCGGAUAUCAUGCAACUUUGUCAUCGUCAUCCUGCUCAGUUUCUGGCCUACCUAGACAGUCUGGUGAAAUCAAGGCCCGACGAUCAGCGGUCAGCCUUCCUCGAAUCCCUUCUACAACCAGAGUCUUUAAGGUUGGAUUGGCUGCUUUUGGCAGUGUCCCAUGAUGCUCCCCCAAGCACAAGGACGAUGGAUGAUGAAGGAUACCCCAGACCCCAUUCACACUUGUUUUCUUGGAGUUACAGUCAGUUGAUCCUUCAUCUGAUUAAACUUCCUGCAGACUUUACAACCAAAGAGAAAAUGACUGACAUCUGUAGGUCUUGUGGUUUCUGGCCUGGAUACCUGACCCUCUGUUUGGAGCUGGAGAGAAGAAGAGAGGCAUUCGCCUGCAUCGUGUGUCUGAAUGAUAUGAGCCUGAUGGAAGGGGACAAUGGUUGGAUCCCAGAGACUGUGGAGGAAUGGAAGCUUCUUCUGCAUCUCGUACAGAACAAGCGCACAAAGCCAGGCCCCCAGGAGUCGCUAAAUGGGAACGUCGGUGACGAGCCCUCUCCCAUCAACUUGGAGAAUGUGGCGCUCCUGUUAGCCAAGGCCUUGGGCCCGGAUCGGGCCUGGUCACUGCUACAGGAAUGUGGUCUGGCCCUUGAGUUAUCAGAGAAGUUUACCAAAACCUGCAAUAUCCUGAGGAUUGCUGAGAAAAGACAGAGAGCCUUGAUACAAAGCAUGCUUGAAAAAUGUGAUCGAUUUCUCUGGUCUCAGCAGGCCUAAUGGAAGAUGAUUUAUCAGGAUGUCGUAACGUUCUGAGAAAACCUGAAUUAUGCUCAUGUACCUUCUGAAAGCAUUUGUUGUAGAAGGAAAAGUGCCUCCCAAAACUGCUGCCUUAUUGGAGCUACUUUAAUCGAUGCCCGUGACCUGGCAUUUGUGACUCAGCAUUAACCUACAUUGGACUUGGAAGGAGCCAGUCUGUUGGCCUCAGCACCUGGGUGUUCACGGCUAGUCUUUCUCUAUGAACUGCAGUAGUAAUUGCCUAUUCCUAUUGGACUGGGUGGGGGAAAUUCUCUCCCUUCUCUGGAAGGAGAGCUUGUCCUGGUCAUGUGAAGACACAUAAUAUUAUCAACUGGGGCUGAAUUCUUUUCUAUAGCUUAUCUGGGGCAAUCUAGACUUUACUGAAAUAGAACCUGGUAUAAUGGAAUUGACACAUAAAAUAAGUGAAACACUGAAGAUUCAAAUUAGAUAUUUAAAUAAAAUGCCCCAUAAUAUAAAUUGAACUAAUUUAAAAUAUUUUUUCCCGAUAUUUAUUUGACAUUUCGAAUCUGAACCUGUGUGUGUGUGUGUGUGUGUCUGUGUGUGUGUGAAUACAUACAUAUAUACUACUAAUUCUUUGCUGUAAAUGUGUUACCUCUAAUCUUUACUAAACAAAGUAACCUGAAAUCAUGCACUUUUAAAAAUUCUUUUUAAAAAGCCAUAAUAAAAGCUGAGUACUAAUAAAGACUGCA